AUGGCACAGAGACAAUAUGGCCAUUAUACAGCCUUGAGGACAAGAUACCAGGCCAGUUCCCAGAUGGCACAGAGACAAUAUGACCAUUAUACAGCCUUGAAGACAAGAUACCAGGCCAAUUCCCAGAUGGAACAGAGACAAUAUACCAGCCUUGAAGACAAAUUACCAGGCCAGUUCCCAGAUGACACAGAGACAAUAUGGCCAUUAUACAGCCUUGAAGACAAGAUAACAGGCCAGUUCCCAGAUGGCACAGAGACAAUAUGGCCAUUAUACAGCCUUGAAGACAAGAUACCAGGCCAGUUCCCAGAUGGCACAGGGACAAUAUGGCCAUUAUACAGCCUUGAAGACAAGAUACCAGGCCAGUUCCCAGAUGGCACAGCGACAAUUUGGACAUUAUACAGCCUUGAAGACAAGAUACCAGGCCAGUUCCCAGAUGGCACAGAGACAAUAUGGCCAUUAUACAGCCUUGAAGACAAGAUACCAGGCCAAUUCCCAGAUGGAACAGAGACAAUAUACCAGGCCAGUUCCCAGAUGGCAAAGAGACAAUAUACCAGGCCAGUUCCCAGAUGGCACAGAGACAAUAUACCAGGCCAGUUUCCAGAUGGCACAGAGACAAUAUGGCCAUUAUACAGCCUUGAAGACAAGAUACCAGGCCAGUUCUCAGAUGGCACAGAAACAAUAUACCAGGCCAGUUCCCGGAUGGCACAGAAACAAAAUGGCCAUUAUACAGCCUCGAAGACAAGAUACCAGGACAGUUUCCAGAUAAAACAGGGACAAUAUGGCCAUUAUACAGUCUUGAAGACAAAUUACCAGGCCAAUUCCCAGAUAAAACAGGGACAAUAUGACCAUUAUACAGCCUUGAAGACAAGAUACCAAGCCAGUUCCCAGAUAAAACAGGGACAAUAUGGCCAUAAUACAGCCUUGAAGACAAAUUACCAGGUCAGUUCCCAGAUGGCACAGAGACAAUAUGGCCAUUAUACGGCCUUGAAGACAAGAUAUCAGGCCAGUUCCCAGAUGGCACAGAGACAAUAUGGCCAUUAUACAGCCUUGAAGACAAGAUACCAGGCCAGUUCCCAAGAUGGCACAGAGACAAUAUGGCCAUUAUACAGCCUUGAAGACAUGAUACCAGGCCAGUUCCCAGAUGGCGAAGAGACAAUAUGGCCAUUAUACAGCCUUGAAGACAAGAUACCAGGCCAGUUCCCAGAUGGCACAGAGACAAUAUGGCCAUUAUACAGCCUUGAAGACAAGAUACCAGGCCAGUUCCAAGAUGGCACAGAGACAAUAUGGCCAUUAUACAGCCUUGAAGACAAAAUACCAGGCCAGUUCCCAGAUAAAACAGGGACAAUAUGGCCAUUAUACAGCCUUGAAGACAAAAAUCAAACUAUCAGUCCGUUUGUGAAGAUCAAUACCACAGGGACCAUAUGGCCAACGGACUAA